CUGGAGCCAAAGCCGGCAUCAGGAUGGCCAAUGGAUUCUUUCUGAAAGCAAACCAAAGCCCUUUGUUCCUGUUCCCUCUGCAGCGCCCAGGUGUGCUCGCCGCAGCCGCACGGCCUUUACCCCCGACCAGUUGGGGAUGUUGAAAGCUGUUUUCGAAACGACCCCCUGUCCUGACUGGGAGAAGAUACAAGAGUUAGCGGCAAAGCUAUGUUUGGAUGAGUGUGUGAUCAAGACCUGGUUUAAAAAUCAGCGCGCCCAGCAAAGAAAACUGCAGCGAAAGGGCCAGCCCCGCCAGCCCGGCGAGUCCCCACCACCACCAGGUUCAGAGCUCAGCGCACCUUCGCAGGAAGAUCACGGCCCUGAGAGCUCCCAGGCGCAUGGCCCCGAGGCUGCCGAAGACCCGCUGCCCGCCGAUCUGCAAAAUAUCCAUGUGGACUCCUCAGCGCCCUGGGCUUCGUUGCCCCAUGACAUCGGGGAGCUGGUGCGCAUGUACGGCUUGUUCGAUGACGACGAGCCCGACGACUAGCAGAUAUCUGAACCCCCAGACUUCAAGGGCCAAAUUUUCCCAGUCCUAGAAAAAAGAAAGAAGAAAAAAAGAAUGAAGCAUGUAGGAGCCCCUGCCGGCGACCUGGAGACAGCCCUGAAGGGACCACUCCUCUGCCUCGUUCUUUGCAAAACUAAACGUGUUGGGAUUUUGGGGAGAUCUCUGGGCUGGUCGGAGGCAUCACAGCCUGGAGGCUGGUUUUCUGUAGUGUGUGGACGUUUUGUAACGGUGAACUUAGAUGUUUUUGAAGUGCUUAAAGAAGAGGAUUUAUGGGGUUCCUGAGGGCAGUCAGGUGGGCCUGGUGACCUGGCCGCGGCCUUGGCCCCCAGCCGCCACCAGAGAGUCCGGGGUCGCCGCCACCGUGGAGCGCCAGGGGGCGCCAUCGUAGACAACGCGCAAGCCGGGCCGCGGCUGGAACUCUGCCUUUCCAAUCCAUCAACACAUCUGUACCAAAAAGUGUUUUUUGAAAAGAUUGAUUUUCUUGUGACCACCACAGUCACGCUAAUUAACAUACCACCUCCUCGCUUUCUUAGGAUGUUUUUGCAGAAGGAUGAUUGUCUUUUCAUUUUUAAAGAUUGGAUUGAUUGGGGCCGGCGCUGUAGCACAGCGGGUUCAACCUCCAGCCUGCAGCGCCAACAGCCCAUAUGGGCACUGGU